AUGAUUGGAAAAUGUUGGUAUCUGGAGAAAUUCACGCCCAAACUGCUGCUUGGAAAGAUUGGUUAUCGACCGUGUACUAGAAAGUCGAGUUUUGAUAGGAAGUUCGUGCAAAUAAUCACGAACGUUCUAAAUAAAUACGCAGACUCAUAUUUCAAAUUCACUGAAGAGAUGACUGAGAUACUCCUAGAAAGUAUUUUCGGCAGCAACACCGACGUAAGGAACAAUAUAUUCGAUGUCAAUAAACUAUUGAAAUAUCUGAGGAAAUCUGUUGACCUACACAAGAAUCACGCUGACGGUAGCGUGGUCACUCUCACGUCAAAACGAUGCCUGACUCUGUCAUUACCGGGAUGUUUUUGCAAGCCUGGCGAUCAGCAUCGUCAGAAAGCCGUUAUAGAGACGACAACACCGAAAAUUGUUAUAGACAAAAUAAAAGUAGAGAAAAUUUUGCCGGAGGAAAAAAUACAGUCUGGGUUAACAUUGCUGUAUCAAGAGAAAAUUACACCAUACAUACGUUUAGCAAGAUGGGAUCGGCCUAUAGGUGUGUAUUUAUUAUACUGGCCAUGUGCUUGGUCAAUAUCCUUGGCAUCUUUAUCGGGUACAGUGCCCCCAAUAGCUACAGCGGGGACAGCCUUAUUGUUCCUAGUUGGUGCCGGCCUGAUGCGAGGUGCUGGUUGUACUAUCAACGAUUUAUGGGAUCGUGAUGUUGAUGCCCAGGUUGAAAGAACAAAGGAUAGGCCGUUGGUAUCCGGAGCGAUAUCUCAAAGACAGGCGAUUGGUUUCUUGGCUAUGCAGUUGAGUUUGGCUCUCGGAGUUCUACUGCAGUUAAAUUGCUACAGUGUUGUGCUCGGUGCUAGUAGCUUAGUUCUAGUCAUAAUAUAUCCGUUGGCCAAACGUUUUACCAACUACCCACAACUGUUUCUUGGAGCUACUUUCAACUGGGGUGCUCUGCUUGGUUACUCAGCUAUAUGUGGUCACCUGGAUUUGUCUGUGUGUUUGCCGCUCUAUAUAUCAGCUAUGGCUUGGACAGUGCUAUACGACACUAUAUAUGCACAUCAGGAUAAACAAGACGAUGCACGACUAGGCAUCAAAUCCACUGCCCUUACAUUCGGUGAUCACACCAAGCAAGCUCUAACAGCGUCGCUAGCUGUUAGUUUAUGUGGUCUAACUCUUGCCGGAGUGAAUGCAGGAUUAAACGGAUGGUAUUAUAUGGGGCUUGGAGUGUAUAUGAUGCAUGCUGGGAGACAGAUCUACACACUGAAUCCAGAUAAUCCCGCUGACUGUGCUGACAAAUUCAAAUCAAAUUCAAUGGUUGGUCUCAUAAUACUACUCGGCAUACUUGCUGGUGGCUAUCAACAAUAUUUAGAUAAUAGAAAGAAGAAUCAAGGCAAAGACACUAUAGAUGCUACCAGAUCAUGUGUUUUUGGCUAA